CGCGACCUGAGUUGAGCAAACGGGGCUUUCUAUCGAACGGCGCGCUCUUCCCUCGUUGCUACGUGAGAUUCCGCGCACCAUAUACCGUUUCCAACGACCUACGAAUCGCGUAGUUACAUCUUUCCCAUCCGAAUUUCAUCUACGCCCUCUUCACCUUCCUUCUAGCGACCGCGCGACUUGCAUCAACAUGCCCGCUCCGGUCUCCGUCCGUCCUUCGAUCGAGCGGCGGCCUUUGCCCUCGAAACAUAACCCGCUUAUGAUCGAGGACAUCCCGCCAUAUGGCGAACUAGUCGCGCGCCGCCGGCUGGGCCAGACCCAACUGACCGCCAAGAUGGUCAGCCAACCCGAGGACGAAUCGGGCUCCUUCGGCGUCUUCGACUACGCUCAUCUCCGCGCACCUCUGCCGAAGGGUAUUGUUUCCGGCAUCUUCAAGUCGAGCCCUAACAGCUACUUCCUCAUGCGCCGAAGCCACGACGGCUACGUUUCGGCCACCGGCAUGUUCAAGGCUACUUUCCCUUACGCCGAGGCCGCCGAGGAAGAUGUGGAGCGCAAAUACAUCAAGUCGCUGCCGUCCACCAGCCCGGAGGAGACGGCCGGCAACAUCUGGGUUCCGCCCGAGUACGCCCUGAUCCUGGCGGAGGAGUACAACGUCCUCCCCUGGAUCCAGGCGCUGCUGGACCCCGCUGCCAUCCAAGUCUCGAGCCAGUCCGAUAGCCCGGCCAAGAAGAUCCAACCGCCUCCCCGGUUCGAUCUGCACAAGAACCAGCCUCAGCUGGCGCCCCCGACCCCGACCUCGCUACCGCGGACGAUGCGGACGCGACGGUCGGCGAGCCCCACCAAGAUGGCAGCGCCUCGGCCAGUGAAGACGCCCCGCAAACGCAGGGUCAAGUCGGAGUCGGCAGAGGAUAAGGCGGAUGAGCCGGAAGCGGCUGCGAAAGCCGCCGCAGCGGCCAAGGCCGAGACGAAGACGAAGACGAACGGCGUCAUUGAGGAAGACAAGUCGGCCGAGGCGGCGGCGGAAGCGGAGACAGCAGUCGUCCAGACGAUGGAGGUGGAGGCCGCGCCUGCGGCGGAGCCGACAGAGGGAGAACAGGGAGAGAAGAAGGAAGAAGAGCAAAAAGUGGAGGUCGAGAUGGACGAGGAAGUCAAAGUGGAUGAGGAGGGCCGGGUCUCCGAGACCAAGGUCGCAGCAGUGACGCUUGAACUCCCGCUAUCCACCGCCGAGCCGCCGAGUGCCGAAGAGACGGCGCGGAUGAUCGCCGAAGCCAAGAAGAUGGUGGAAGCCGCGGCGGCCGAAGCCGAAGCCGCCGUCAAUGCCGAAUCGAGCGAGGGCGACGACGACGAGGGUGCCAAGGGCAAGCGGAAGGCCGACGAGAUCACGGCUGGCGAAGAGGGCGAGGAGGAGGAGGAGGCCGACGCGGAGGGACCACGCAGCAAGCGGGCCAAGCCCAACGUGGAACUGAAGAAGCGGCGGAUGCGGACUCGGGCAUUGUUUGGCAUCAGCGCGACUCUGGCAGUGGGGUAUGUCGCCGAAAUUCUUCUUCCUUCUCCCAAUGAUCUCGUCUCUUUACCUCCUCUUUUUGGUGGCGUAAGACUUUUUUGCUAACAUUCUCACAGUGCUAUAGUUCCUUACCUUAUGGGGGCCUUUUAAUAUGCCCCAUUGCUGAAGGCGUUUUGACAUGCUUGCCU